CCGUCAAACGCCAAAAAAAUCAGUCUCGAAUAUUGCACUCGUAGUUGUAGAGAAUCCUCUAGUGCUAUUCUGUGCGAAUACUUGAUUCAUAAUUUUUUUGUUACCUCAUAGACAUUGGCGGCAAAGCCAAUAUUAGCAGUUGGUUCAUAUCCCGCAAGCAGCGAUUUCCUUUGGUUAUUUGUUUUUAACAAGAUGCAUGGAGAGCUUCCCAACGGAGGUACUAGUAAUGGACUGCCUGCCAAGCGCUUGGAACACUCACGGGCACAUCACGAGCCGGGCAAUGAUGUAAUUAUUGUUGGGAUUGCAGGAGCAACGAAUGCCGGAAAAACCACUGUAGCGCGGCGGCUUUUGGAAGAAUUUCCGAGAUCUGCGGUCGUCCAUCAGGACGAUUUUUUUCGGAGUGUUGAUGAUCCAGCCCAUGAGCAUGUUGUGGAAAUUAAUCAUCACAACUGGGAUACCAUAUCAGCCGUUGAUUUCGAACGAAUGCUGCAGUCUGUUAAGGAAAAUUACACCGUUUUACUGGAGAAAAAUACUAGACCAGUCGGUGCGGAUUCACGGCCGAGACUGCUAAUCCUGGAAGGAAUUUUGAUUUUCAAUGUGCCGCAGUUAGCAUGCCUGCUGGACCGGAAAUACCUCAUUACUUUGACCAAAGAAGAAUGCCGACGACGCCGGUUAACUCGCAACUACGAUCCGGCUGAUGUUCCCGGAUAUUUCGAUCUUGUUGUGUGGCCGAUGUACGAAAAGUUUCUAGCGCAGUUGCAGGGAACAACUGAUAUCGAGUAUUUUGACGGAAAUGACGCUUCGGAGCGCACUGUGCAAGUUAUCGUAUCGGAUUUACUUAACCUCUACCGGGAGCGGCUUCGAAAUACGCCACCUUCUGAAGAAUCACCCGUGUUAAAGAAUUAUUCAGUCGGCAAAAUUCCCCGAAACCCGUCUGGUGAUGCAUCCGUUCCUGUUGUAUAAAUGUUGAUAGAAUUGCUGUGGUGUGUUUCCAUGUUGGUUUUGGACCAUUUUAGAGAAUACUCUAUCUCGUUAUUAACUUAUUUUAUCCUUUAUAUAUAUGGAAAUGUUUCAACAGUUUGCGAGGAUGCAUGUUUUACAUCCGAGUUGCUUUUAAUUCGAUUUCCAUGGGAUUCUGGCUGUACCAGUCUGCUUGUGCGUUACAGCUUCCGGUUGUGGUGGGUGGCAUGAA